AUGGACUUCGCCGCCCUCAUGUCCAAGGAGAUCGCCAAGGCAAAAGGCACCACGAGCAACACCAAACCAACAUCAUCACUAUCAAAAACAACAAACACAACCACAAAGGAUACUAACACUCAACCCGACUCAACAGCCGCAGGAGCUUCCGCCACCACCACCGCCGCCGCCGCCGCCCCUCCGAAAUUUAUCUCCCGUCGCGAAGCCGAAGCCCAACGACAAGCCGCCUACCUAGCCGAGCAGAAGCGCCUAGAGGAAGAACGCGCCGCCAAGGCCGCCCUGAAGCGCAAGCGCGAAGAAGACGCCAUCGAAGAAGCCAAAGCGCGCGAGGAGAAGAAACGGCGACUAGCCGAGGAAUCGCGCGCCCGCCGCCUAGCCAAGGAAGCCGAAGAAGAGAAGGCCCGUCGCAAGCGUCUCGGUCUUCCUGAUCUACCACCCACUCCCGCCGGCGAUGGUUCCGAGAAGGAAGAGACACCCGUCACCAACGAUUCCGAUCUCGACGACGACGAUGAUCACGUAGACAUCCCCGACGACGAACUCACCACCAAACUGCGCGGCCUAGGCGAACCCGCCUGUCUCUUCGGCGAAACACACGCUUCCCGCUUGCGCCGCUACCGCAAGGCCGCCGGGCUGGGAGCUCUGGGCCUGCCCACAGGGCCCAUCACCACCUCCUUGUUGCCCGUGGCAGAAAAAGACAUGAAAGUCCCCUCCACCUCGGCCGAGAUCCCGCCCCCGACCGACCGCAAAGCCCGCCGCUACCUGUUCAGGCAGCUGGCGUCUUACUUCAACAUGGUGCUGCGCGAAUGGGAGAUCGCGCUCGCCAAGGAAGACAACGCGGACACUUUCUCGGGGCAGGCCGCUCGCAACGCGAUGGUGCAGUCCAAGGAGACGAUGCGGCCGCUUUUCCGGAAAAUUCGAAAACCGGCGACCUCGAGAAAGAUAUCCUGGAGGCGAUUGUGGAGAUUGUGA